AAUUUAAACCCUUACAAACCUCCUCCUUCAGUCACUCACUCCGUAACCGUCAACUUAUCCUCCAACCACCGCCUUACGCCACCAUAAAAAUUAGGGUUUUGCCCCUUACAAAUCACACAAAACCGUCGCCGAUCAUCGAUUAUGAACGAUCGCACCUGGCCUCACCGAUCGGAAACCUCUCACUUCUCAACCCUACCGUUUCCGAUCAAAAAUCCGAUCCGAAAACACCAAAAUCCGACGAAAAACCACGAAAAACAUGAAAAUUCUCCGUCAACGGCGAUUUGCCUCCGGCAGUUCCGAUCACCGGCGACUUCACGGCGGUCAGACCACCACCGUGACUUUGCGGCGCUACCGAACGAUGUGUUGACGAAAAUUGCUGCGAAUUUUAGCUUACCGAACCUGCAAACGGCGUCGUUGGUGUGUAAAGCGUGGAGAGAUGGUCUCCGUCCGUUGAGAGAGGCGAUGUUGUUUUUGCGGUGGGGGAAGAGGUUUAAGCAUGGGCGUGGUGGAGUGAAGGUGAGUAUGGAAAAGGCGUUGGAUUCGUUUUUGAAAGGGGCGGCGCGUGGAUCUACGCUGGCGAUGGUGGAUGCGGGGUUGGUGUAUUGGGAGAUGGGGAGGAAGGAGGAAGGUGUGGCUUUGUAUAGGAGAGCUGCUGAGCUUGGUGAUCCUGCUGGACAGUGUAAUUUGGGGAUUUCUUAUCUUCAAGCUGAACCGCCUAACGUGAAGGAGGCUGUUAAAUGGUUAUAUCAAGCUUCAGUUGGUGGCUAUGUUCGUGCACAAUAUCAGCUUGCCCUUUGUUUGCAUAGGGGUAUUGGAACAGACCAGAAUCUGUCAGAAGCGGCGAGAUGGUAUUUACGAGCUGCAGUGGGCGGAUAUGUGCGUGCCAUGUAUAACGUAUCGUUGUGUUACUCUUUAGGCAAGGGUUUUAUACAAAACCAUAGACAAUCAAGAAAAUGGAUGAAGCUUGCUGCUGAUCAUGGACAUCGAAAAGCUCAGUUUGAGCAUGGACUCACCCUAUUUUCGGAAGGGCAGAUGAUGAAGGCUGUAGUGUACUUGGAACUGGCGGGCCGUGGUGGUGAGACGGCGGCGGUUCAUGUGAAGAAUGUUAUACUUCAACAACUCUCACCUCCUUCUCGGGAACGUGCCCUCACUCUUGCUGACAACUGGCGCGCUCUUCCAUCAACCCGUUGACCGCAUUGUCCGUGUGUGCUUGGAAGUUGGAACCUUCUUUUAUACAAAAACCAUACUUACCUUAAUGAAAAAUGAUUGUUAAUUGGUGUUUUAAGAUCUACAUAAGUAGAUGAUGCAGCCACCAAUUGAUUUAUGCUUUUUUUCUUCUUAAUCCCCAAGUCUGUAUGUUGUAUUAUUUUGUUAUGUUUUUUCCUUUAUAUCUUUCAACUCAAAUCAAGGGCUCUUAUGAUAUAAUUUUUUUGUUUGAAUUU